CCGGAGAGGAGACGUUCACAUCUCACAGUACUGUGAACAGGCUCUUCGUCACUUAGAAAAUACAAGCACCUUAAAUUGCUUUUUUCUCAGAUUGUGUUCACUGCAGUAAGGAUGACGCACCAGUAUGUCGCCCUCUCUGCCGAGCAGAAGAAGGAGCUGCAGGACAUCGCUCUGCGCAUCGUCACCCCUGGGAAGGGCAUCCUGGCCGCUGACGAGUCUGUGGGUAGCAUGGCGAAGCGUCUAACCCAGAUUGGCGUGGAGAACACAGAGGAGAACCGCCGCCAGUACCGCCAGCUGCUCUUCCGAGCGGACGACCGAAUCGACAGCUGCAUUGGCGGCGUCAUCUUCUUCCACGAGACCCUGUACCAGAAGGCUGACGACGGCACCCCCUUCGUCAAGAUGAUCAAGGACAAGGGCAUCGUCGUGGGCAUCAAGGUUGACAAAGGUGUGGUCCCACUGCCAGGUACUAACGGAGAGACCACCACCCAGGGACUGGACGGAUUGUCAGAGCGGUGUGUCCAGUACAAGAAGGAUGGGGCGGACUUCGCCAAGUGGCGCUGCGUGCUGAAGAUCAGCAGCACCACGCCCUCCCAGCUCGCCAUCCAGGAGAACGCCAAUGUCCUCGCCCGCUACGCCAGCAUCUGCCAGCAGCAUGGAAUUGUGCCUAUUGUGGAGCCAGAGAUUCUACCUGACGGAGACCAUGACCUGAAGCGCUGUCAGUAUGUCACAGAGAAGGUCCUCACUGCAGUGUACAAGGCCAUGUCUGACCACCACGUGUACCUGGAGGGCUCCCUGCUCAAGCCCAACAUGGUCACCCCUGGCCACAGCUGCCCCACCAAGUACAGCCCUCAGGAGAUCGCCAUGGCAACAGUCACUGCCUUGCGCCGCACUGUGCCACCUGCUGUGGCAGGAGUGACCUUCCUCUCUGGCGGUCAGAGCGAGGAGGAGGCCUCCGUCAACCUCAACGCCAUCAACAUCUGCCCGCUGGUCAAGCCCUGGCCGCUCACCUUCUCCUACGGCCGCGCCCUGCAGGCCUCCGCCCUCAACGCCUGGCGCGGGCAGCGGGAGAACGAGCACGCCGCCACCGAGGAGUUCAUCAAGCGGGCCGAGGUCAAUGGUCUGGCAGCCCAGGGGAAGUACAUUAGCAGCAGCGACAGCUGUGGAGCUGCGGGCCAGUCCCUCUACAUAGCCAAUCACGCUUACUGAACGCCCAUAUUCCAGCUUCUGCCGACCAAUAGGAUCUUCCACUGCUGCUGCCGUAAAAUAUCACAGGCCAUGUGGUGUGCAUUCUGUACAUUAGGCUUAAAAUGAUUCGUAUUUGUGUAGAAAUAUAUUACUAGGGAAAAGAAUUACUAGUGGUGUUGAUGAAAGUGGCACAGAGAACUGGGUUUGAAAUUUUAAAUUAAAUACAGCUUUAUAAAGUAUUUUUAUUUCCCCUUAAUGGCAGUAAAAGUGAGAAGGGUACUGUUCAUUGCUUUGAGAGUUUUUAAAUUAUUUCAAAGCCUCUACUGAAAAUGAGAGCUAAGUUCAUUCUUGGAUCAGGAGGUGAUCAUAUAUUUUAUUGACAUAUCUAAUACCCUUGAUUACUCUUGCGCCCAAAGCCACAAGAUGUCAUGUUAUAAGUACUGCCAACAGCCACCCAAUCAAAGGAAUGUAUUAGUAUCAGGUUUAAGGGGUGGUGUGUACAAACAUGUCUGUUUAUUUAAUGUGAGUAGACAGCUAUCGUACAAAAAGGGAUGUCCAUCACUGUACUGUUGGGCUCUAAUGACCAUCCUUUAGUCAGUCAUCCUAUGACCUCUUUUGGAAAUGUGUGACGAAUUAAAAGGACUACUCUUUUGGAAAUGUGUGUCUAAUUGAAAGGACUACAUUAAUGAAGUGGAAGGAUACACAAGUGUGCACUUUAGGGCAGAGGUGUGCAUUUGUGUGCUUGUGUGUCGUAGACCAUGAUAAUGAAUGGCACAGUGGUACAGUGAUGAAACCCUGGUCUCAGCGAUGCUGACCAGACAGCUGGGCCCACAGGGAACACAAACUGCUCUAUGGCCAAACCUGCAUAUUUGUGAUUUUGUGUCGUUCUUUAUGCAUCUGGUGUAUUAAGGAGUGUAGAACUAAAAUAAGAAUAAAACUGUAGAAA